GGAAAAUUGUAGAAAUAUUAAGAAAAUAAUAAAUUAAGAAAAAAAGAAAAAAGAAAAAAGGGAAACUAUCACCUGUCGCUCAUCAAACCAUUAUUUCUUCUCUGCGUCCCUCCCUGUCGAAGCCCUUGAUCACUCAAUCGAUACAGAAAUCUAAACGGCGAUUAGAGUACGCUGUGAACAAUUCAGAAUGUUACGCGUAAUCAAGUCUCCAUUUUCUCUCUCAAAAUUCUCAAGCAUGGCGGCCGCAAGAAAUCAACGGCUUUUCUGCACAGAUCCUACUAAAGUUGAUGAACCUGUUAAAACUGAGGAAGCUGACACUGUACAUGUCCCUCCUCUAUCGGAGAAGAUACUUGUUCUGGGUGGUAAUGGAUUUGUUGGCUCACAUAUUUGUAAAGAGGCUCUAGGUCGUGGUCUUGCGGUUUCCAGCCUUAGCAGAACAGGAAGAUCUACCAUACAAGAACCUUGGGCUAACAAUGUAAUUUGGUAUCAAGGAAACCUCCUUUCGGAUGACUCUUGGAAGGAUGCUUUAAAAGGAGUAACAUCUGUUAUAUCUUGUGUGGGUGGCUUUGGUUCUAAUUCGUAUAUGUACAAAAUCAAUGGAACUGCAAAUAUUAAUGCAAUUAGAGCUGCUGCAGAAGAAGGGGUGAAAAGAUUUGUUUAUAUCUCUGCUGCUGACUUCGGUGUGGUGAAUUAUUUGCUACAGGGUUAUUACGAGGGGAAGAGAGCUGCUGAAACUGAGUUACUAACAAGAUACACAUAUGGUGGUGUCAUACUGAGGCCUGGAUUUAUACAUGGAACUCGUCGUGUUGGCAGCGUGAAGCUUCCACUUAGUGUGAUUGGAUCUCCGAUGGAGAUGGUUUUGCAGCAUGCAAAACCGCUAGGCCAGUUACCACUUAUCGGUCCUUUGCUAACUCCUCCGGUGAGUGUUACUGCAGUUGCCAAAGUUGCUGUACGAGCAGCAAGUGAUCCUGUGUUCCCCCCUGGCAUUGUAGAUGUGUUUGGUAUAUUGCGAUAUAGCCAGCAGAAGUCUGUAUAGACCUUUUGUCCCUGAAUCUUUACAAUGUUUAUCCGGAUGCUAACAUCAAUUGCUGAGAGGUUGAAUAAUCACUUGGUUAGAGAGAGUGUACAUGUGAACUUUCAUCUUGCUUUGGAGGAUAAUAAGUGAACCAUGUAUGUUAUCUUCUUAAUCAUGCUUAUUUCAUCCUUGUUUUUCAGUUUUACUAGCAUUAUGCCCGAGCGUUCCUCGGAUUGAAUACAUAUGUUAAUGAUUAUUAUCGAACAAUGUCUUUUUCUUCUAAUAUGAUUAUCCAAUUUGAAUUUU